AUGAAGAAUCUCCCCGUUGAGUCCGAAUCCGACGCAGCCUCGACGCAGUCCCCAGCACGCGGCAAGCAGAUGCGCACGAACCUGCUCCAAAAGCUUCGAGCGCCUCCUCUCGUCCAUGGGUGGGAAUUCUGGCACGAUCGCCAGGGGCGAAAGAAACCCGAGGACACGGCGGCAACGGUCGAGGGUUCAUACGAAGACCGCCUGGUCAAGCUGCAUACCAUCGCGGACGUGCGGGAAUUCUGGGAGGUGUUCAAUAACUUCGACAUCUCCACGCUGCCGCUGCGAGACAGCAUCCAUCUUUUCCAUAAGGGCGUCAAACCCCUUUGGGAGGAUCCUAGGAACGUGAAGGGUGGAGCAUGGACAUUCCGCGUUCCGAAGGACAAAGCGAAGGCCUUUUGGCAGGAGAUUAGUCUCAUGGCGAUCGGAGAGGUGCUACAAGAGGCGGUGGCAAGCAAGAGGACGACGUUUAUCGAUGAUAUAUGCGGCAUUUCAUUGUCCGUUCGAUUUACUAGCAUGCUCGUGUCGAUCUGGAAUCGCGAUGCAGAUCACAAAGAAGGAGUGGACGGGAUCCUAAAAACGGUGCUCGACCAACUCCCUGAGGAUCUAGUCGUCAAGGAGAGCUCAUACUUCUACAAAAGACAUUCGGAUCAUUCGGGGUUCGCUCCUAAAGGUGUUGAACAGUAA